AUUGGCACGCGCUUACGUGCACGCGCUCGCGUGGACCAGCCGCGGUCAGCAGCCCAGCCUUUACUCUCUGGGCACGCACACGCAGAGCCGCGCACCGAGCCACACACGCGCGCUCACACCCGCACACUCCACGCCCCUGGCGGCGGUCCGGGCGCUGUGCUGCUCCAGCGACGGGCGGGGACCCGGGCGGGGGCGGCGGCGGCGGCGACAGCGGAGGAGGCGGAGCGGGGUAGCCGGGAGCGGGCUGGCCCGCGCUCCUCCUGGCGGCCGGGGAUUUUCCAGCCUGGGAGCUGACGCCGCGGACCUCCCUGCGGCCGCCGCGGACCAUGGGCGACAAAGGGACACGAGUGUUCAAGAAGGCAAGCCCCAAUGGCAAGCUCACUGUCUACCUGGGGAAGCGGGACUUUGUGGACCACAUUGACCUCGUGGACCCUGUGGAUGGCGUGGUCCUGGUGGAUCCAGAAUAUCUCAAGGAAAGGCGAGUCUACGUGACGCUGACCUGCGCCUUCCGGUAUGGCCGGGAAGACCUGGAUGUCUUGGGUUUGACUUUUCGCAAGGACCUGUUUGUGGCCAACGUGCAGUCCUUCCCACCGGCCCCUGAGGACAAGAAGCCACUGACUCGGCUGCAGGAGCGGCUUAUCAAGAAACUGGGAGAACACGCCUAUCCCUUCACCUUCGAGAUCCCUCCAAACCUUCCAUGCUCAGUGACGUUGCAGCCAGGGCCUGAGGACACAGGAAAGGCUUGUGGUGUGGACUACGAAGUCAAAGCCUUCUGUGCCGAGAACCUGGAGGAGAAGAUCCACAAAAGGAAUUCAGUGCGGCUAGUCAUCCGGAAGGUUCAGUACGCCCCAGAGAGGCCUGGCCCUCAGCCCACGGCCGAGACCACCAGGCAGUUCCUUAUGUCAGAUAAACCCCUGCACCUCGAGGCAUCUCUGGAUAAGGAGAUCUAUUACCAUGGAGAACCCAUCAGCGUCAAUGUCCACGUCACCAACAACACCAACAAGACUGUGAAGAAGAUCAAAAUCUCGGUACGGCAGUAUGCAGACAUCUGUCUCUUCAACACAGCUCAGUACAAAUGCCCCGUGGCCAUGGAGGAGGCUGAUGACACCGUGGCUCCCAGUUCGACAUUCUGCAAGGUCUACACACUGACUCCUUUUCUGGCCAACAACCGAGAGAAGCGGGGCCUGGCCCUGGAUGGGAAACUCAAGCACGAAGACACAAAUUUGGCUUCCAGCACUCUGCUAAGGGAAGGUGCCAACCGUGAGAUCCUGGGCAUCAUCGUUUCCUACAAAGUGAAAGUGAAGCUGGUGGUGUCUCGGGGCGGCCUGUUGGGAGAUCUUGCAUCCAGUGAUGUGGCCGUGGAGCUGCCUUUUACCUUAAUGCACCCCAAGCCUAAAGAGGAGCCCCCACAUCGGGAAGUUCCAGAGAGUGAGACUCCAGUAGACACCAAUCUCAUAGAGCUUGACACCAAUGAUGACGACAUUGUAUUUGAGGACUUUGCCCGCCAGAGGCUGAAAGGCAUGAAGGACGACAAGGACGAAGAAGAGGACGGUACUGGCUCUCCACACCUCAACAACAGAUAGACUGGGGCCAGCCCUCGCCCUGGCAGCUCCAGGUCAACAUCUGCACUCGGAUGCUUUCUCGUCUCCUCCCCGUUCUGGUUCCCCCUUCCCUUUUGUUCUUCCAGUUUCUACCAAGGGGCCCCAGUGGUCUUCCGAGUCUCGGUGAUGAGCCUCUGGCCUCAGAACUGGCCUCCCAUCACCAUGCCAGCAGGACCACAGCACACAUCCUCCUCAGCCAUCUCUCUGCGAUCACCUGUCCACCCCCUUUUCAUGCUCCUUCCCAGAAAGGCCAUACCACCUGGCCUUGGGAUUUGGCUUGAGUUGGGGAGCAGAAAAGGGAGGGUGUGUGGCCAGAAGGUAUGAAGACGUGGAGACGUUGGGCAAGAUGGAUCAAGACGCACAGGAAGAUGUCUGCCGUCCCAGGAGGUGACGGUUUGGCAGCUAAAAGAUGAGGGUAUUGCAGGCUGGAGAGGACAAGACUGUGAAUGGAUUCUUAAUGCUUUUUUUGUGGUCUAGGCCCACCAGAGACUCCUUCCCCUCCAUCCUCAUCCUUGGUCCAUGUCCCUGUGUUUCAUGAGGGAGGCACACAGACUCCAGACAACGGACUGACUUUCUAGCCAGUGGACACCUAGAUUGAGGCAGGCUACAGAUGCACCCACACCUCUUUCACAGUACCGAUAGGAUCAGUCACCUUAGCUUUGUUGCAUUGUGUGUGGGGGCACGGAGUGGGGACAUGGGUCUCUAACAAACACCAGCCCCUAUCAGUGAGCAGAAGCCACUGAGAAGGUUGUCUAAAGGGGUUAAGAGAUGGGGCAGGGCAGGGGAUGAGCAUACAUCCUCCUUUCCCGUAGUGGCUAGUCCUGCAGGAGGCAAGGAUGGAGGGCCACAGGCAGCUGAAACCACCAGUAUCUUCCAGCUCCCUCCAAGGGUUUUACAGUGACUUGGUCCUAUAAGCUGGAGGGGCGGCGUGCCUGAGACCACCAUUUCUACUGCUAAGGGAGCCUGUCCCGGAAGGUGGCACCCCUAGAGAUGCACUCCCCUGUAGGAGAGUGCCUCCUCUCCCGGAGGAGUGGAUCCCUAGUACCUACUGGGGUCGUGGGUACCUAGUAUCCAUCAGUUGGUGUUAGUGUGCUUGACAGGGGCGUCUCCAGGGUAACAGGGCAGACAGGUGGUAAAACAGUACUCAAAGGUAUAUCUUUGAUGCUAACUUGUGUGACCUCGGGCCAGUUCCCUUCCCCUCUUUGGGCUUCAGUUUCUCCAGUAAAGCCAGGAGGCAGACCAGAUGAUCCCAAGAGUUUCCAGUUCUAGUCUGUAAAUUUGUGGCUCUCUGAGCUUUUAGUCUGCCGGGUGGGGCUGAGGCUCCCAACUGCCCCAUCUGCCUUUAGAGGAGAUUCAUGGGACCUCAGGGGACUCAGGGCUGGGCAGAGCACUGGGUGCACCUUCCUGACUAGGAAGGACCGUCCUAGGACCCUAGUUGGCUGUGGUCACAGCCUCCGGAUUUCUCUGUCCCAGAGCUUAUAUUUGCUGAGGCUUGCAUGAGAAGUCUGUGGACAACCUUGGGUUUAUCAAAUAUAAUGAUUAGCAGGCAAGAGGAUCUCAUCUCAAUUUCUGUUCUCUUUUCUCAGUUCCGUACUUGCCUGAGAAGGGAGACCACGACUUUUGUUUGUUUUUGAGGCAGAGUAUCAUGUAGCCCAGGCUAACCUUGAACCUACUAUGUAGCUGAGAAUGAUCUUGAAUUCUUGAUCCUCUUUUCUCAAGUGCUAGGAUUACAGGCGUGUCCCACAACCACUGGCUUCGCACUUUAUUUUAUAGAUCGGAUCCCAACCGUUUUCAGUCCACCGUGUCCAGUAAUUGUAAUAAUUUCUCAUGGUGAAAUGAUCCAGGCUCACUGGCCCUGCACCUUUUAUGUCUCAUAAACGGUCAACUCAAGGCCCCUCUUUGCAGAUUAGAAGAGCCAGUUUGGGGCAGUCAUAGUCCCUGACCAGCCCUGGAAUCGUAGCUGCUGACUCUCCUGGCAUCCAGGCCCUGCCAGAGCUAGCUGGGUACUUUUGCACCUAUACAGUUGAUAAAAAUCUCGAAGAAUUUAAAGCAAGCAUGUGCCCUCCACUGGCUUCCACUAAAACCUUUGGAGCUGAUACAAGGCCAUUUAGCAUUUGGGCUAACCCCUCCCUGGCAAACCUCCCUCCCAUCCUUAGCUUGUACAGCCAAGGGUCUCUCAGGAGGAUCUCUUGAACUUCCUGCACCUCAGCAUCCCCACUUACCCUUCAGUUUACCCCACAGAUCAACUGAAAUUCCUCCAGCCACAGGGAGGUCUCAGAGCUCUUUCUGUUUUGAGCCAGGACUGCCUAACGGUGGAUUCCAGCCCAACCAUCCUUUGUUGACAGCUCUGUUCCUUUAUGCUGGGUGCUGUGGACACUGGGGUGGAUUUCCCCCUAGAAUCCCUGUCUGUAGAAAGCUGCUGGCCGAGAGGGAAGUGAGAGGCAGUACUGACGGCGCUGGCUACAGCUGGUCCACACAGUGCCCUGAUGUGAGUUUGGACACAGUGGCUCUUCCAGGUGGAAAUUACACCACGGGAGUCUGGAAUUAGGUGUCACUUGCCUCUACUUCACCGUGGUGUGCCGCCGUCCCGGGUGAGGUACUCGGGCUAGUAUGUCUCUUUGGUCUCUUCUUCAGUAAGAGGCUUAGAUCUCUUGUCUAGGCCUCUGCUGCAGACACCAUGCCUAACCCCCGUCUCAUGACAUGGCCCAGCAUUUCUCUGUCCUGGAGUGUUCCUGGCCAGGAAGUACUUGGGAGUGAAACUGGAGGUGAGGGAGUCUCCUGAGGUUCCAGGCAUUCUCCGGUGGUGUUGGCUUUUCCUGUGCUGAGGGACUGGGACUUGUGCCACCAAACAGCCCACACUGGGACUUUCCAGUAGACCAGAGGGCAUAUGUUGAUGCCAGUCUGGGCAGGAAGAGCAUGCUUUGGUAAAAGCUUGUCAAUAGAGAGUGACUGGACUUGCCCAGUAUCCCAUCCAAGAGAAGAGUUCAGUUUCAGAAAGAUAAGGACAGAGCUGCUUGGCUGGACCCUGUGGCCAUUUCAGCUUUGAAGCCCAGAUGGCUCCCGCUGGAGGGUGGCUCACAACCUGAUUCCCACCUGGUGCAGUGAAAGGGAGAUACCAUGUCCUAAAAGUCCCCAAGGCCACCUCUCAGUCCCUACUAACUGGAACAAUAGUCUUUGUCUGCUUUGUUUGUGGAAUUGCUAUGAGGCUGAGAGGAGAGCCAGGAGCAAGCACUCUGUAGGCUGCAACCUGCUACACAGAGGUGGCCCUGUCACUGCCCGGAUGAGGCUCGAGGUGUCACAGGAAGCUUGCCGUAGAAUGAGCCCUCUGUUUGCCAGUCUCUGUCUUUUGUCCUGUUUUUCCUGGUUAGAUAUCAGCCACAAUGUCAAUUAGCUGUUGUGGCCUACUCGACCACACUGGGGAGAAGUGUAGGUGCUAUUGUCCAAGGAUGGGCCCCAGCAACCAGGACACAGAAGACAUGGGCAUUGUCAGUGAUUGGGGGACAGGGAGGAACAUCCUGGACUCUCCUGGGCCGGGAUUCACCCACCUCCUAGAGCCCGCAGAAGUCAAGAAACCUGGACUCUGACCAUAGAUCAGGUUGCUGAACCCAGCCUUGUGCUACCCAAGAAAUCCAAGGGUGAGAGGAAAUACAUGUUGCCUCUUCUAAGUAUAAGAUUCUGUCCAGGACCUACAGAACCCCACAGCUCCUUGGAGACCUUUGGGAAUGUCCAGUCCUCUUGCUCUGAGAGCUGAGCCCUGGCUGAUCUAUUCACAGUGGCUGCUACACCCCAGAGGCAGCUCUCCCCCACUAAUGGCUAACGCCCGUAUGCAUAGCUUCCAUCCACCAGAGAGGGGCUAGGCUCCCAACCCUGAACUCCCAGGACCCAGGCAGGUGCCUGUUCUGAUACUCUUUAAAGUUAAGGACCAAAUGAGACUCCUCUGAUUUUUAUCCACACAGCCUGUCUUGGGCCUGAUCCGGGCAGCUCUCUAACUCCUGUCCUCCCUCCUGUCCUGAAGCAGCCUACUGAUGGGGACAGAUCCACACCUCUGCCACCCCCAUGCACACUGGCUUCACAGGGAGACCCGUGGGAGGGGAAGCACCCCCUCAACAUUACCAACCUGUCAUCCCCCAAAAGGGAAAUCACAGUCAAAGCACAGGUCCCUGGGACCCACUGUCUGCCCCCAGGUACUGUGGAGGUGUUCCACACAGCUUCGCUGGGGUUGCUGCCAGGGGAAGUUGGGGAAGGGGCGAAAGGCCAGGUCUCCGGCCUUUUCCUCAUUCCUGCUUCCUCCAGAAUAACUCUGCACUUAACUUUCUUGUCUUUCGAGGUUUCACUUUUAAACUCUGCUUUGAAGAAAAGCUUCAGACCACCAUUCUGAGGUUUAAUCUUAGACCAGCAAGCACAGGCUCUCCUCUUGCUCUUUGUGUGUUGGGGUGACUCCCGCACGCUGAUGCAAAGAUACUUUGUGUUGGAACUCGGGUCACCAGUGCUUGUUUUCUAAUUGAGCCACCACAGAGCUUGGGGAUGAGUUGGAUGUGGGUUGGAACCUUAUGCUCAGUGAAGGGAGGGCUUGGCCCCAAUAUUGACACAUGCUGCAUGGGGACCGCAGAGUCUCUACUCUGGACUCGUUCUCAGGCAAAGCCCGUGACUCAACAGGAAGAGCAGGGCCAUGGGAGGAAAAGCUAGGGCUGGCCUCUAUACAUAGCCAAGGGAUAGGAGUCCAGGUUCACAUAAUAGAUAUACCAGGGAGGGUGUUUGUGAGGUUGGAUUCUCCAGAGGCAUUUAGGUAUGUCUUCCUUGAGUGCAUCUCCUAGGAUCCCACUUCCACACCCGUGAAUGCCCAUGUGCACAACAGGAGGCUUUUGUGCCCAGAGGCUGAUUCCCCUCCUGUAGUCCGUCAGCUUCCUUCCGUGCUGAUCUGCACGCUCACGGGAAUUCACCUGCACCACAGCUCACUGCUGAAACUUGGGCUAGCCUUUGGCACAGUCCUGCCUGAACCUCCUGGCAUCCUAGGUGAGGAUAUGAAGCUCAGGGCACUGCUAACCACAUGGCAUGUGAGAAAGAUGUUUAUGUUCAGUCCAAGCGUGACUUAGGAGACCCCAUUGACCUCAGGUUCCCUACGUGUAAAGGGCUAGUUCCAGGCUCUGCCCACCUCACAGGGAUGACCGGAAGGGAUCUAAGUGGGCAGGAAAGAGGACCUAUGAGGGGCAGCCUGUGUGAGGGAAUAGGGUCUUGCCUGGGCUGCCGACCUACAGAGCCCACAGCAGAAUGAAUAUACGGGAUAAUCUGUCCUCCCUGGGCAUCUCCACUCCGUGUUAGGUCCAGACACAACUGCUGCCGGGCUACCUCUUCUGGGGUGGGAGCUGAUGUGUGUCCUGGGUGUGGUGGGGAGGGGUGGCUGGGGCAGCCUCAGGUCUGUGACCCUCUGUGACGUGAUGGUUUUGGCACAUUCAUUCCUGGACCACAUCCAGGUCAACCUGUUGUUCCUGUGGCUGCCCUUGUUCUGUGAAGUCAUUAUAGUUUAUUCAGCUCCAACAGGACAGAUGAGCAAAAGAACCUUGAACGAGAGGCCAUUAAAGGCCUUUUGUGACAGACGA